CUCUACUCAUUCAGCUUUUAUCAAGGAACUAUGCUGUGAGGCUGUUUCUUAACUGUGGGAGUAUGAGAGUCAGCAACAGAUAUAGUGUGCUAUAAGUGCUUUAUUGUGCAUGUGUCACAUAAAACAAGUUGGUGAAAGUUGGUGAGAGAGGAUUACAUGGACUGCAAGCGGAAGAUGAAGAGUGUGUCUGCAGAGCUCUUUUUGCUGAUAUGUUUGAUUCUGAGUGUAGACUUGACUUUGGGUUUGGGGCCAAGGAAAGACAUGGCAUUUACAUUUUUAUUAUCUGCUGGAAGCACAGAGUGUUUUUACCAAACUACUUCGAGGAAUGACAGCAUGGAAGUUGAAUACCAGGUGAUAGCCGGUUCAGGUCUGGAUGUCGGCUUUGCCCUCAUCUCACCCAGCGGAUACCGGCUGGUCUCUGACUUCAGGAGAUCUGACGGCAUUCACAUGGUGCAUGCCACAGAGGAUGGAGACUACCGGUUGUGUUUUGACAACAGCUUCAGUAAAAUCUCUAAAAAGGUGGUAUUCUUUGAGGUGACCAUUAAUAGUCAGAGCAGCACAGGCAGAGGACGAGACGAGUGGUUGGACGUGCCUUCGACAGAGAAUAUGCUGGAGUACAAACUGGAGGACAUCAGGGUGAAGAUGGACUCUAUGAACGAGCAUCUGGAGAGGAGCCGUCAGCUCUUGACUGUGAUGCGGGUCCUUGAGGCAAGAGACCGUUACCUUCUGGAGGACAACCUGUGGCGGGUGUCCUUCUGGUCCUGUCUCAACCUGCUUGUGAUGCUCACCGUUGCUGUCAUUCAGAUCUACACCCUGCGACGCCUCUUUGAUGACACCAAGCGGGUCUGCACAUAG